AUGAGACGGCCUUGUGCAACUUCAGUCUAUUCAUUCUUUAUUCACGUCCAAUGAAAGUGUGUGAGCAGCUUUCAGAGUGCUGACAGGCAUCCAAGUUAGCCCACAAAUAAUUGAGCAAUUGGAGCAGACUCAAACCAAAAAAAACCUUUCCUUUUAAUUCAUAUCUUUGCCGGCUGCGACUAGUGCUUUUGUUUUCUUUACUGCCAUGAGUGUAGUAAUACUCUGGAGAGCUGGGCUUUGGCUCCUCCUGAGCUUUUUGCAUGCUGAUGCCCACCCGCAAUGCCUGGACUUCAAGCCACCUUUCCAGCCUCAGGAGCUGCUGCGCUUCUGCAAAGAGUAUGCCAAGUUUGGCUGCUGCGAUUUGGAGCAAGACAAACAGAUUUCCAGAAGAUUCGAACAAAUUAUGGACUACUUUGAUCACUCUGGGUUCUUGGUCUGCGGGAAGUACAUCCGCAGCAUCUUGUGCCAGGAAUGCUCUCCUUAUGCAGCUCACCUGUAUGAUGCUGAGAAUGCAAAUACUCCCAUGCGUGAACUUCCUGGCCUUUGCCGUGACUACUGUUCUGAUUACUGGCAUCAGUGCCGUUACACACUCAGUCUGCUCACAGACAACAACAUCACUACCAUCAUUGAGGAGGAUCAUGAUAAAUUUUGUGACUAUUUGGAGCUGAAGGAUCCAGAGUACUGCUAUCCCAAUGUUCUUACCAGCGACGAGUUAAACGCUAACCUGGGCAAUGUUCAAGCUGAUCCCAAGGGCUGCAUUCAACUUUGCCUACAGGAAGUAGCAAAUGGCCUGCGCAAUCCAGUGGCAAUGGUGCAUGCUAAUGACGGGACGCACCGUUUCUUUAUAGCCGAGCAGCUGGGAUAUGUAUGGAUUUACUUGCCGAAUGGCUCAAGGAUUGACAGGCCCUUCCUAAACCUCACCAAAGCAGUGUUGACCUCACCAUGGGCUGGGGAUGAACGUGGGUUUCUUUGUAUCGCUCUCCAUCCCAGGUUCAGCGUGGUCAAGAAGGCAUAUGUCUAUUACUCUGUGUCUGUGAACAAGCAGGAGAGGAUAAGGAUCAGUGAGUUCCUUCUGUCAGAUACGGAUAUGAACAUGCUGGAUCACUCAUCUGAAAGGACCCUUUUGGAAGUUGUGGAACCGGCAUCAAACCACAAUGGAGGCCAGCUUUUGUUUGGUUUGGACGGCUACCUUUAUAUCUUCAUAGGAGAUGGAGGCAGAGCAGGAGACCCCUUUGGUCUGUUUGGGAAUUCCCAAAAUAAGUCCACGCUACUAGGCAAAGCUUUACGAAUUGAUGUGGACAACAAUGAUUUCGGUGCCCCUUAUAGUAUCCCCUUUGAUAACCCUUUCAUUGGGGAGGAAACUGCAAAGCCAGAGAUCUACGCCUAUGGUGUCAGAAACAUGUGGCGUUGCUCCAUCGACAGAGGAGACCCGAUCACAGGUCAGGGACAGGGUCGCAUGUUCUGCGGAGAUGUUGGCCAGAAUAAGUAUGAGGAAGUGGAUAUCAUUGAAAAAGGAGGCAACUAUGGAUGGAGGGCAAAAGAAGGGUUCUCCUGUUAUGACAACAAACUCUGUUUAAACUCCUCCUUGGAUGACAUCCUGCCAAUUUUUGCUUAUCCACAUAAGAUUGGGAAGUCAGUGACUGGUGGCUACAUAUACAGGGGCUGUGAGAUGCCAAAUCUUAAUGGUCUCUACAUCUUUGGGGAUUAUAUGAGCGGGCGACUGAUGUCUCUUAAGGAGAACCCAGACACUGGAAAAUGGGACUAUACAGAAAUCUGCAUGGGCAAAGACAAGACAUGCCACUUCCCAAAACUGAUCAACAGCUACUUCAAGUACAUCAUAUCCUUUGGUGAAGAUGAGGCAGGUGAGUUAUACUUCCUAGCCACAGGAAUACCAAGUGCAGCUUCCAGAGGGGGAGUGGUGUACAAAAUAGUGGAUCCAUCCAGGCGGGCACCUCCAGGCAAGUGCAGCAACAAACCCACUCCUGUCCAGAUAAAGGGCAAACUGAUUCACUUCCAUCCUAAAACGGAAUUUGUCAUCAACAAAAAACCUAAAACCACUGCUCCCCCUAAGACCAAAGCAACUACUACACCCAGCACAACCACAGUUCAGGCCACAGCGAGGAAACCUACUACUGCAUCUCCAAGAAUCCUUACUCAAAAGCCCAAACUCAAUGCAAGAACUGAGAAACCCAGAAAACCUACUCAAAAACCACUGACGACUGCUGCUCCGAAGUCAACUUUCAAACCAGUAACGACAAACCCUACAGUCUCCAGGAGACAUCAGUUCCCAACUGGGACUGUGCAUUCAAUUCUGGGCCAGAGAACCACACUGAGGCCACAGUAUGUUACCACUUUGAAAGCGAAAUCGGAACCUCGUAGGACUCCUUCGCCAACCACAUUACGUCCAUCCACCAAGCAACCCCACGCUUCCAGCAACACCCAUCCAUAUCGGACUGCUUCUAUAACCACCACCACCUCCAGGCCUGUAUAUUUGACUUCAGCCCCCCUGAGGAUAUCCCUACCAACCGACAUGCCUCGCAAAAGAGGCAGGGGGAAAGGCAGAAAAAAUGGGCAAAGAAAAGGUAAAGGAGGUCGCAGAAGGUCUCGCAGUGGGCAAGUGAGGCUUGUAAGUCCAAAUCCAUACCGGUCAGAUCGUGGACGAGUGGAGAUCCUUAUCAGGGGAGAGUGGGGUACGGUGUGUGAUGAUCUGUUUGACAAUAAGGCAGCUACAGUGGUGUGCAAGCAGCUUGGCUUUGCUAAAGCACUGAGGGUGGCAAAACCUGGCGAAAUGGGCCGUGUGGCCACUAACCUCCAGAUCCUUCUGGAUGAUGUGGAAUGUGAGGGAACGGAGAGGACACUGCUGCACUGCAAACACGCAACAGUCGGCAAACACAACUGCUCACAUGCAGAAGAUGUAGGGGUGGUGUGUAGCUCAGAGGAAGUGUUUGAAGUCAAAUGAUGACCAUUUGACAUCCCAGCACAACCUUGAAUGACUGAAAUCCAGUAAUCCCACUCUUGAUUUGCCUUUUGUGUUUUUCAAAUGGUGAUGAAACACGUCAUCAAUCUCAUCUGUGUUUGAAUUCUUGCCGGGAAUUACUUUUGAAAUGAUUAUUGACAGAUUGCUAUGAUAAUGAUGAAUGAUGAUGCUGUUGCAUGAUCAAAGGGAGGUGUUGAUCAUCUCAGACUAAGACAAGGUUUUAUUAUAGCUAAUAAAUUCUGUGUUUAAUCAGGUUCAAGCAAAUACAUCAUUUUAUUAAAAGGAAGAUUAACAGGAAGACACUUCCCAGCUCUUUAUAUACAUAGUUAACUUUUAAUUUUGUGAAAUCUACACUUCCGAUACACAGCUCGCAAUUUAUCGUGUAGAAUUCAAAAUCAUUUUACCAGAAUCCAAUUGUAAGAUCAUUACCUUUUAACAAAUCAUAUAAAAUACAUAUACACAAAACAUAUUUGACCAAACAUUUGAGCACAAAUCCUCACAGCUACACUUUAAAAUUUAGUGGAAAGCCUUCCGGAAAGAGUGGAGCUUGUUAUAACAGCAAAAAUGGGCUAGUACCAAAAUAAAAAAUAUAUAAAAAACACAUUUAUGAGUGUCGGAAACAUUUGCCCAGCUAGUGUAAAAGAUUUUGUAUAAUGCUGCCAUCUUCUGUUUCUGACUGAAGACACACACACACACACACGUGGCCAACUAGAGCUGCAGGUCAGAUAACUUUUUCUACAUACCCAUUUACUUUAAUGUUUUAGCUUCGUGAUUUUUAAUGCUUAAAUAGAUUUUUUUAUUAUUAUUACUUUUUAAAGCUUUUGGUGAGUAAACAUUUGGUCAGUGGUAAGUGUCUGUUUUAUUUCUGUGUUUAGUAGAUUUACUAAAGUAGAUUGUACAUCGAAUGAAAAUAAUGAUACUGAAAUGCUGGACAUUGUUAUUUG